AUGGGAAUUUUGUUUUGGAGCCUGCUGGUCCUGGCCGUGGCUGUUGGCUAUGCUGUGAUAUCUGCCCGGGGGCGGUCCUACAGGACGAUCACUCUGCAGAGUUUGAGUUAUUUCUCCCGACCCCACGAUGGUGAGAUCAGGAUGGAUCCCAUCGGAGGACGGGCAGCGUGGCUCGGGGGGGCACUUGAGCCCAAGGAUUGGAUGGUCACUUUAACGGCCCAAGAUGCUGAGGACCUUGACCUAGAAAUUCAGCGUCUGGAGAAGAGUGGCAAGAGCAUCGACCAGUUGCGAAGAUCAGAUCUGCAAUGUUCGGACAGGUUCAUUGCCAAAGUUGACUCUUGGCGCAAUGAGCUGAACCCGAGGCAGCACGAUGGCCUUGGCUUUGUGGUAGUGCGUGGAGUGCCCACGCAUCGGUGGACCGAACAUCAGUCGGAGCUCUUCUUUUGGUCCUUGGGUCAAUUGUUGGGCAUUCCUGGUGCCCAGUCUGGGCGUGGAGAACUUCUGGGGCACGUUCGUAAUGAGUACCAUGGGCAGAACACAACGGGCUUGCACGAGCGCCAGUACCGCACUAAUGAAGACAUCUUCUUCCACUGCGAUGCCGCCGAUGUGGUCGGUUUGCUCUGUCUGACACCUGCUAAGAAAGGAGGUGCCUCUCGGAUCGCCAGCAGUGUUACAAUCUACAACGAGAUUCUCAAAAGGCGACCGGACCUCAUCCCUCGAUUGUACGAGGAUUUCUACCUGGACACCCGCGGCGAUGGAGGCACCAGGUACGUGCCCGUCAGGCCUGUCAGCUAUUACAAGGGGGAUCUCAAGACCUUCUGGCACACCGGCUACUAUCGAUCGGUCUGGGACUACGACUUCAUGCCUGAAAUCGAUGCUACGACACUGGAGGCGAUCAAGGUGUAUGACGAGAUUGCUAAUGACCCAGCCAUCCAGCUCACCAUGCAGUUCCAGCCGGGAGACAUUCAGCUGCUGAGCAACCACUACAUCGUCCAUGCCCGUGGGCCCUUCGAAGACGAGGACGACCCCAAACUCCGGCGACAUUUGCUCAGGCUCUGGCUUUCCCUGGAGAACCGAGAGAAGGACAGCAGAGAAGCGCUUUUCAAGGAAGUGGACCGAGCCAAGCUCGUGUCCAAGCUCAUUGCGGUUAGGCUGCGGAACCUCGCGUCCAAGCUCGGAGUGCUAGCGUCCCCGCUUUGA